CCACGUGACCGGCAGGCCGAGGCGAUAAAAAGGGGGCGCGCCGAGCGGACAGCACAAGAUGGCAGCCUAGGCAGCGCAGCAGUGGAGCCGGGGUGUCGGCGCUCCUCCUUCCUUCCCUCCUUUCCUCCCCGGCCGCCUGAAGGGCCGAGGCGGCGGCCGCCGCGGCUGGAUCCCGAACGCGCGGAGGGGCGGCGCAGGGAGGCGGCGGAGGAAGCGGCGGCCCCGCCCCUGUCCCUGGCCGGCAGGAUGCCCAACAUCAAGCUCUUCAGCGGCAGCUCCCACCAGGACCUGUCGCAGCGCAUCGCCGACCGCCUCGGCCUGGAACUGGGCAAGGUCGUCACCAAGAAGUUCAGCAACCAGGAGACCUGCGUGGAAAUCGGGGAGAGUGUGCGUGGUGAAGAUGUCUACAUCGUGCAAAGUGGCUGUGGAGAAAUCAAUGAUAACCUGAUGGAGCUUCUGAUCAUGAUCAAUGCCUGCAAGAUUGCCUCUGCCAGCCGUGUUACCGCCGUCAUCCCCUGCUUCCCUUAUGCUCGCCAGGACAAGAAGGACAAGAGCCGGGCCCCAAUCUCUGCCAAGCUGGUGGCGAAUAUGCUCUCGGUGGCCGGUGCAGACCACAUCAUCACCAUGGACCUGCAUGCCUCUCAGAUCCAGGGUUUCUUUGACAUCCCCGUGGACAACCUGUAUGCUGAGCCUGCAGUGCUGAAGUGGAUCAAGGAGAACAUUGCUGAGUGGAAGACCUGCACGAUUGUCUCGCCAGAUGCUGGGGGAGCCAAAAGAGUGACCUCCAUAGCGGAUCGGCUGAACGUGGACUUUGCCCUCAUCCACAAGGAGCGGAAGAAGGCCAACGAGGUGGACCGCAUGGUGUUGGUGGGAGACGUGAAGGACCGAGUGGCCAUCCUCGUGGACGACAUGGCAGACACCUGUGGAACCAUCUGCCAUGCCGCAGACAAGCUUGUUUCAGCUGGAGCCACCAAAGUGUAUGCCAUCCUGACUCACGGGAUUUUUUCUGGGCCAGCCAUUUCCCGCAUCAACAAUGCCUGCUUUGAAGCCGUCGUGGUCACCAACACGAUCCCCCAGGAGGACAAGAUGAAGCACUGCCCUAAGAUCCAGGUGAUUGACAUUUCCAUGAUCCUGGCCGAGGCCAUCAGGAGGACUCACAAUGGAGAAUCCGUCUCAUACCUCUUCAGCCAUGUCCCUUUAUAACAGUAGAGGCUGCAGCUUGUGUGGCUUUCUGAAAAACCAAAAUGUGUUGAAUUUGUGUUAAGGUUCUGUAGAAGGUUGUGCUUGUUGGAGCCCAGCCCUCCUCGACUCUGCACCUCCCAGAGCUUGGCUGGAGUCACCUGGCCAGUGCUUAGGCGGCCUCCCCCGACUGGCUUUCAAGUAGUUUAGGCUUCUAGUGACCUUGUUAAACCCUUCCCAGUCAGAGGCGAGUAGAACUGACAUUACAGACUGCCACACGCGUGGGGUGGGAGGGGAAGACGUAGGCCUGUUUUCAUUGUAUGCAAAGAUCCUGGAUAUCUGGGUCAGUAGCUCUCACUUGGCAGAAAGAUCUGGAGGCGGGAUAGAGGAGGGGUGGCUGCAGAGUUGAGGUGCUUUUGUCCGCCCAUGCCGGCUUAGCUAGGGCAUUGCCUUGCUUGGUUCCUGCCCUGGCUGUCGUGUCCAGUUUGUUUCAUAGCCGUUGAUUCUGUUAGCCUUUCAGGUGUUGUCCUGCCCUUUCCCCACCAACUUCCCGAUGUUUUGUACUUGGGACUGUGAGUAAUAGCAUAUCUGUCCCCCCAACUUGCUCCUUUCCCCAUGUGGGGCAGGGGGAGCUGUUGCUGGGGAGAGGGGAGCAGGAUUGUGCAGUUUGAGAAGCCUAGGGCCAGACUCCCGGGGUGUGUUCAUGCUUUCUCUCGGCCGCUUUUCAUAGUGAGGCGUCAAGCACAGCAGCUUAUUUAUUGAUGCUUUUUGGCCCCCUCUUGUUAACUCCCACUUGACACUCCCACCAAGGGGCAGAGGAAACGCCAAGCCUUGUCCCCAGACACGUGGCACCAAACAUCCAGGGUCACCCCAGCAAUCUUUCUUGGGCGAGAGCAUCGCAGCCUAGCUUGACACCAUGGCCUGGUCUCAGCUGCAGAGGGGCAUGGCUUGAGAAAGCCCCUUUGGUCUCUAGAUGCACCAGCUCUGAGAGCAUUCAUUAGCUACCAGGAAAGCCGGCCUGCGGGAUGAGCCUUUCCUAGCCAUUGGCCACUGUGCCUUUUUACUCGACUGCUCCCUCCUGUCCCAGGGCCCAAAUCGCAUGGCAAUGAAACCAUUUAUUUGUGAGUGUUUGGGGAGGGGGAGGCGUUCUGUCUGGUGUGUGUGUGUGCGCGCGUGUGUACGCAGUUGUGUGUUUGCUUUGUCCUUCAUGCAGCCUCUCUCGAGCAACCGCCUCUACUCCACUCUGGGCUGAAGCUGGGGGGUGAGGAUUUGGAAGGAUUCCGCAGCAUUCUUGUUGCUCAAGAUCUCAAUGAAGGAAUUAAAACUUUUAUUUAAAAACUUGA